CAAGACGCUCCUUCUAGCGUCUAAAAUUGGCUCGUUGGGAAUAGUCCGUGCGCCUGCAAAACCCAUCUAUUUGUGGAUGGAGCCGGAGCCGAGUGUGGGGGGGACAGAGAGAGAGACGAGUCAGAGGAGGAAAGGUUCGGAGCGGAGAAGAAGCUUGCUAUCGGCACGUGAGGCCAUAUAAAGGAACAAUAAAAAAAAAAGGAAUAAACAAGGGAAUACAACUUUUUGGGAAAAUAAUAAAGGAAGGCCAUUUAUUACAAAGAGGAAGUCUACUGGCCAGCAAGAGAGUAAGGAAUGUAAAGCGAGGGACGAGAAAGGUGAAAGAGUCCAUAGAAGAAGAUCCAUAUUUCAGGAGGAUAGAAGAAGAUACAUAUUUUUGGAAGAUAGAAGAAGAUCCAUAUUUCGGGAAGAUAGAAGAAGAUCCAUAUUUCGGGAAGAUAGAAGAUUCAUAUUUCGGGAAGAUAGAAGAAGAUCCAUAUUUCGGGAAGAUAGAAGAAGAUCCAUAUUUCGGGAAGAUAGAAGAAGAUCCAUAUUUCGGGAAGUGAUAGCCAUAGGACGGCGGACAAUGAGGAUGGCCGGAGGUCACAUCUUCAGGAUCCUGGUCUUGGCUGGUUUCUGCCUACAGAGCGUCUUCAUGGAACAACGGCGGCUCCUGGAGCAGAGGAAGCCGUUUUUCGAGAGGUUCAGACGGCUGGAGGAACAGUUUCGACGUUUCCAAGAUAUGACGUUGAACCGUUUACAGGGCAUUGCCGAAAACUACAACAUCUCCUACAACAUCGAUGCCCGUUUCCAUCACCUUUCUGACCAGCAGCAGUCACUGACCGAAGCCCUCAAUGCUUCAAGUAACAUGACUCAGCAGGAGCUGAAUGGGGUAAAGUUUUGGCUAAAAAAGGUCCAGAAGAAAACAAAAAAGUUGGAUCUGAAGAUCUCUGCGCUUGAGGGAGCCAUGGCUGAGAGGAAUAAGCAGAUAACCAAGGAAAACAAAGCCCAGGAUGUAGCGAUGGCUAACUUCACAACAACGCUUAGCAACCAGAAAAGGAUUAUUUACCAGUUAGUGAAAGACAAGGGUCAGCUGCAGAAAGGGAUGGAGGUCUUUCGAGAGUCUGUCGAGAGUCAGGGCAGAAAAAUUGCAGAACUAGAAAAACAGCUGGAGAACAUGCAACACGUGCAACAAAAUGAAAUUCUACCACCAAACUCCUUAAUGGUUCCAGAGAUUAAUCGUACCCCUGAAGAUAAACUACCGGAGUCCCCACAGAAUGAUCCAGGGCCAAUAACUAUUCAACAACGACUGCUAAAGCUAAAGACCAAGCAUACCCAAAGGAAGAAGUUUCACGAGGAGCAGCUUAUGCUUAUACCCAGCAAAAACAAAAUGGAACCCAUGGCAGCUCAACACAGUGAGAUAACCAAGAAACUAGGUCUACCAGAAGAGAAGAAGCCCGAUUUUCAAACUACAAAGGCGCCUUCCCUUACAAUGAGUCCACAGCCCAACCAGAGAACCAGCCUUCCUGUGUUCCAACAACUGCUUGAUCCUGUCAUAGAUAAUACUAUACAGAUAUCAGCCCAUCGUAGUUCUGUGGUCAGAGACCCCAGACCACCAGGGGAAACAAUAACACCUCUUCCAUCUACUAGGAUCCCAACACAUACCACAGCUGCUCCAAAACUUGAAGAGAAAAGCACCAAAACUCCAGCCACGAUUUGCAAUGUGCAUUCCAUGCUCAUUUUCCCUAACGCAUCCACGGAAAACUAUGCCACCUUCACCAAAGGCCUGAGGGAACCAUUGCAUGAACUGUCUAUCUGCAGCUGGGUCAAAACGAAUGCCAGCUACCUGGGCACCAUCCUUUCAUAUGCCACAGAAGAUAAUGACAACAAGCUGGUCCUGCAUGGCAGGAAUGGUGCCACCUAUGACGCUUUCCACUUUGUCAUUGGUGAUCCAGCCUUCCGGGAACUACCGCUGGUGCCCUUGAUUGAUGGGAAAUGGCAUCACACUUGUUUCAUCUGGUCCUCCAUCCAGGGCAAGUACUGGUUCUAUGUUGACCGAAGACUGACGUCCACUGGAUCACGGUUCCAAAAGGGUUAUGAGAUCCCACCUGGAGGAUCGCUGGUUCUUGGCCAGGAGCAGGACACCUUGGGUGGUGGAUUCGACAGUUCAGAGGCGUUUGUUGGAAAUCUGGCUGGCUUUGCCAUGUGGAAUCGGGCCUUGUCACCUGGGGAGGUCUCCGGCAUUGCUACAGGGAAAGGUUUGCCCAGGGGCACUAUCUUAACACUGGCAGAUGACCCCUUAAUUCAUGGAGCUGUAGAAAGAGUGGACUGUACCUGUCUGGAGCACUGUCCUUAGGAGUGCUAUUCAGUCUAUUUUUGUACAUAUUGGAUAUAAUGAGUAAAAUUGCGGUAUUGAUAGGAGACUGGUUCCAAUCCAAAAUGACGUUGGUGGUGAACGAAAUACCAAACCCUGUACUGCAUCACAUGGAUCUUCUUUCCUGCCAGUGACCAACAGCAGUCCUGUUAGUAAAACCCUAUUAACAAAGUAUGGUGCCACGUACACACAACCUUUUUUCCCAUCGGAUAAAAAAACGAUGGUUUUCCCGAUGGAAUUCCGGCCA